AUGAAAUUGGAAAUCGCCUCAAGGCCCAAAGAGCGUGGAACGGCGGGCACAAAGGUCAAGCUGAUCGCCAACUUUCUAGAGAUUACGUUUAAGUUUCCUGAUGUCGAAAUGCACAAUUUAGAAGUAAGACAACAAAAAAAUGAGGCCAAAAAGAGGGAGAAGGGAGAGGUCUUUAGCAAAAUGUCGGAGGACAAGGUGUUUGGCCCGAAUCCUCCGGCAUAUGAUGGUAGUGUAAUUUACUCGAGGAAAAGGCUAUGUGAUGGUAAAGGUCGUGAACACGAGGUUGUCCUCGCUUCAGAUGGCUCCUCAAAAAGAUAUAGGGCUACCAUAGAACACAUUAGAACAUUUAAGCUGAAACCAAUGCAGGAAUACAUCAAGGAGAUUUCAACUCAGCGCUGGGAUGAAACAAUCCAAACUUCAUUACGAAUUCUCAAUUCAUUUCUAAAUACCACACCCCACGCGAAAUAUCAAACUUUCAACAAGGCAAUAUUUCCUCCUGUCAAAAACAAGGCGUUUCUACCUGGUGGAAUUGAACUUUUAAAGGGAUACUGUCAAAAAAUUCGUCCCGGAUGGGGGCGUCUGUUUGCAAAUGUCGAUAUAUACGCUACAACAUGUUAUCCAUCCAUGCCAGUAGUCGAGAUCAUUCCCAGAAUUCUCUCGAAAAAAAAGGACGAUUUAAUAAAAGGAUUGGACGCGGAGGACAUCAAAAUCAUCAAUAAAUUUUUCAGAGACGUAAGAAUUAAGACGAUAUAUCGCACCCAACCUAAUAAAGAAUACAAAGUUCAACGUAUCUCAAGCCACUCUGCAGAUGACGAAUAUUUUAGAAUCCGGGGAGAAAGGAAGAACAUCACAAAAUAUUAUCAGGAAUGGGGUAUGAAUCUACAAUAUCCCAAGCUUCCAUGCAUUGUAAUAAAAGAAAAAAGACCCGAGGAUUGUCAUAUUCCACUGGAGUUUUGCGCCAUAUCUCCCGGUCAAAAAUAUCCCAUCGAUAAGCUUAGUAGAAUACAACGUCAAAGCAUGAUCGAACAAACUGUGAUUGCACCGAGCACUCGCUUUUCCGUAAUUAAGAAAGCCAUCGACAAUUACUUUAAGCAUCAAUCAGAUCCUGCCUUACGUUCUAUUGGGAUGGAAGUUAGUCCCGAAUUUUCGGAAGUGGAUGGUAGAGUGUUGGAUCCACCAAAAAUUACGACCUCUGAUAAGUUCGCAAAAUCCGCGUAUUUACAGCCUGCGCACCUAAAAGAUUGGGUGGUGUAUGUGUUCGAUAAGGAAGUUCCGAUGGAACAUAUCGAUACGCGCAUAAACAUCUUGAUCGAAGUACUAACCGAAAAAGGAAUGACUGCAACAAGACCAAGGACUCUUAUUAGUGAAAAUCCUCAAGGAAAUCUUAAAUAUAUCUUUGGAAAAGUUUCCAAAAAUCCCCCACAAUUAAUUGUCUGCAUUAUUCCAAAGAGGGCAAACGGCGGCAGCACUCUAUACCCCGAGAUAAAGGAAAUCUGUAGUACAGACUUAGGAAUCCCGACGCAAGCAAUUAUAGGAAUGAAUAUGAGGGAUAAACAAAGAUGGAAGCAAAUUUGUUACAAUCUUGCUCUUAAGAUAAAUACAAAAUUAGGGGGGACAAAUGUGAAAUUGGCUGAGAAUGAACUUAACUUCAAAUCAGAAAAGUAUAUCGUUUUCGGUGCCGACGUUUUUCAUCCUGGAGACAUGGACAAGAAGAGGGGACAUCCGAGCGUUGCUGCCAUAUGCGCUUCGAUGGACAAGGAUGUUACAAAAUAUUUCGCAAGAUAUAGCAUCAAUCUAAAAUUGAAAAAUGAAAUGAUUGAAGAUAUAAGAGAUAUGGCGAUCGACCUGCUUGAGCAAUAUAGGAAGCGUAACAAUUACCUUCCAGAUCACAUCAUAUUUUAUAGAGAUGGAGUUGCGGAAGGUCAGUUUAAAAAUGUCUUGGAUGAAGAAUUGAAGCCACUGUACGCCGAACUCGAAAGAUAUUAUAAAGGUCAUAAGCAAGAAACCCCAAAGCUGACAUAUAUAAUUGUGCAGAAACGUCACCACGCGAGGCCUAGCGAGGAAGAAAAUGCCGACAAGAAUGGCAAUUGUAAGCCUGGAACGAUAGUCGAUUCUGUCAUCGUCGUGCCCCAGCACUUUACAUUUUUCUUACAAUCGCAUACUGCCUUACGUGGAACAGCCAGACCUGCUUAUUAUCAUGUAAUUUUGAAUGGUGGUGAAUUUACGGCCGAUGAGAUGCAGAAUCUGACAAACAAGUUAUGUUACUUGUCCGCCAGAUGUAACACGCCUAUUUCCCUGGUUACCCCUGUCCACUACGCUCACAAUAUUGCAAACCUCGUCAAACAUUUUGUUAAAUAUGACGAACAACAACCACAAAAAGCAAAGCCAGGACGCGGGAGACAGAGCGUUCCCAGUACUUUUCCCGAACAUGCUAAAAAUGCAAGCUGCCCGGCCGCCGCAUCUAACAUUGAAAACAAGAUGCAUUUUGUUUGA